UGUGUGUGUGUGUGUGUGUGUGUGUGUGUGUGUGUGUGUGUGUGUGUGUGUGUGUGUGUUCUAUGUCCUUAGGAAAUGUGUACAGUACCUCAGCCAGAUCACUUUGCCAGCUGUGAUGUGGAUCUAGAUAUUGUCUGACAUUUAACUUACCUUAGUUAUCUCACUCUAGCAUUUCAAAUAGCCUUGCAAAUAUGGACAGUCAGUUACACCCUUUGUUCCUCCUUUAUAAACUGUGGAUAUUAAGUGUUUAAGCACAUAUAAACUACAAUAGCAUCCGGGUGUAUGUGUUAUUAAAAUCCUUUUAGUAAAUACUGGAAACCCAAUGAGUGCUUAGGAAAGAAGGGAAACAAAAGAAAGUAUAAGCAGACACAGCGAUCAAAUAUACUAAAAGAAUAACUAUAAUAUAAGGAGGUUGAUACUAUUAAUUAUUGCUUGCUAACAGUGUCUCGUUGCUGAUGUGUUGUUUAAUCAUAACAGGUCAUCAUUUUUUGAUUGUCGCCAAUUGUUCUCCUGUUUUGUAUAAACACUAUUCCACAAUAAAGGGGUUUCCUUUGAAACCUUUUCCAAAGAGGAAAUCUUGUUGAUCUUUCAGCAUUAGCUGCACACUUUGGCAUACGACCAUUUCAAGUACAUCGUGGCAUGACUUCAAGCAUACCAAAACAAAAAUGCAUCUGUAGUCCUGGGUAACAAAACAACUCAAAUGAAAGACUUUCGCAAACCCCCCGGUCAGACCUUUUCUCAUACAGAGAAACAUCACUCACAUCUGGAUGCAAGAUUGGCUAACCCCCCGUUCCUCUUUCCAAUGUUUCCCCAUCUUUUCCUCUCCGGCAACCCUCUCGCUUCCCCUUCCUGUCCGUCUGUCUGUCUGUCUGUCUCUCCGCCCCCGCUCUCAGAGAUGAAAGAGAAGAACCCCUGGCAAACGCCUGUGACCAUCAUCAUCACCGUGAUUGGUGUCAUAGCAAUUGUUGCCUUGGUGACAGUAGCAGUUUUGCAGAACAAGCCCCUCCCCCAAAAGUACAAGUAUGGGAUCGUGCUGGACGCCGGCUCCUCCCACACUGCUCUGUAUAUCUACGAGUGGCCAGCUGAGAAGGAUAACAACACGGGAAGAGUUGAACAGAAACAUUCCUGCAAGGUCAAAGGUCCAGGUAUCUCCAGCUAUGCGUCUGCUCCAGUAAAGGCGGGAGAGUCUCUGAGAGUAUGCAUGGAGGAGGCCAAGCAGUGGGUGCCCGGAAAAAGACACCACCAGACCCCUCUUUAUCUGGGGGCCACAGCUGGAAUGAGAUUGCUAAAUAUGGAGAAUAGCUCGGCAUCAGACAAGGUCUUUCAAGCUGUGGAGGGCGCCCUGCAGAAGUUCCCCUUCUCUUAUCAGGGAGCGAGAAUCCUCAGCGGCCAGGAUGAGGGGGCUUUCGGCUGGGUCACGGUCAACUACUUGGAUGAACGCCUGAAACAGGGUUUGGAAACUAGAGGCGCCCUUGAUCUCGGUGGAGCCUCUACCCAGAUUAGCUUUGUUUCCGAUAAUUAUGACGGUUCAGAAUCACCUAGCAACUCGGUGACUUUCCGUCUCUAUGGAAAUGACUACAACCUGUAUACCCACAGCUUCCUGUGUUACGGGAAAGACCAAGCUCUAAGAAUGACGCAAGCACACCAGUCUCAAGCAGGUCUAGCAACAGUAUUAGAUCCUUGUUUCCACCCUGGCUACACCGCGACAAAGAACUACUCGGUCCUCUACGACAGCCCCUGUGUGUCAGACAGGAAACCCAAAGGUGCUCCUGAUACCUUCACUCACAUCGGGAUAGGAGACUUCCUGCAAUGCCAGGCAGCCGUAAAAAGUGUCUUCAACUUUACAUCCUGCAAAUACAGCCGAUGCUCUUUCAAUGGGGUCUUCCAGCCACUUUUGCAGGGGCCAUAUGGGGCUUUCUCAGCUUACUACUUUGUGAUGAACUUCCUAAAUCUGACUGAUACAUCCGUCCCACUGGAAGAUGUCAAAGAAAAGCUAAAACGCUACUGCGCUACCAAUUGGGAUCAGAUAACGCAGCAGCAUCCAGGCGUAAAGUUAAAGUAUCUGGCUGAGUACUGUUUCUCUGGCACGUACAUCCUAACCCUGCUGACGGAAGGUUACAACUUCACCUCAGAGAGCUACUCCGACAUAAAAUUCAUUGAAAAGAUAAAAGGCAGCGAUGCAGGCUGGACGCUGGGCUACAUGUUGAAUCUGACAAAUAUGAUUCCAGCAGAGGCGCCUGACACCCCCCCUCUGCCCCACGUGGGCUACGUCUCAAUAGUUUCCGUCAUUGCAGUGCUUCUAUUCAUCCUCUUCAUCGUCAGCCUGCGUCCUCUCUGGCCCCGCUGCUCCAAACAACCACAGAUUGUAUAAACACGAGGGACGGUGAGAGAGGAAAUGUCUAGAGGGCUUUUGAGUGUGUCCCCGUUGGCUUUUAUGCCAGUUUGGGAAAAGGAUAGUCAACUCUACACUUUCCUGCUUCCCCGGGGAGGUCAAUGGUCAACCCCUGCUGCACGUCAACAGUCCUGCAGCUCAUGUGGAUUCAAGGACAUUUCAGAAGGACAAAUACUUUCUGUACACUUUAUAAAGAGUGCGUUUUGGUUCUCUGGUUAAAGGACAGUUUCUGUGUUUGUGAGUGUGUAUGUUGAAUUUGAAUGGGUGUGCGAGUGUUUGUGAACCCAUCGGUCUGCAUGUGUCUUGAAAUAUGAUGUGAAUAUGAUACUGUAUAAAUAAAAUAUCCCAAAUUUAUAUAAAAUGUUUGAAUAACUUGCAAUUUCUAAACAAAUAUAUAAUCAAUUACAAAAUGUUAAUUUUGCAUGAUUUAUUUAUACUCUAUCCAGAGUGGCUUUAUAAAAAAACUACCAUUACAAAUGAAUGCUUUCGAAUAAAACCCACAAACAAGCAUCUGAUAGUGAAAACAAGAGAAAUAUGAUUUUUGGAAGACAUGGUAUAUCUUUUUGAGAGCUGUUUUGCAAAGAAGCAAGUGCACUGGAUAAUAAAAUACAUGCUCCCUCUC